AUGAUUUCUUACAGCCCUUUGGACCUACAUGACAAGACAAGAACCAAUCAUGGAAUCGGCGCAGAAUCUACACAACAGCCUCUUAACCAGCUCUUCCUCUGUUUCAAUUGUUCCAAACCGUUUAGGUCAUCGGUACUCUCGAAGGAGAUUAUAUCCUACUACACGGGCACUUCUGAGACAUGCUGCUGCUGCAGAUCAGGAAUAAACAAGGAAGUACUACAAGGGUCAUUUAUCCCUUCAUACCAUGCAGCAGAGAUUAAUCGAGCGCGUGACCAAGACGAGCAGUGCAUCUGCGCGUCUCGACAGACUCAGACUUCGAACAGCAGCCUUCCACACUUGGAUAACAGUAUCCACAUCCGCCUUUAUCGGGAACUUCUUUUUGCCCCUUUAUCUACCAAUACAUGCUGGACACUCCUGAGUCAUAUAGUUGAAUCCCUACAGCUCCAGACACCCCUGGGGGACGGACUCAAGCAAUCCAGACAAGCAUGUGUGAAAAUGAUUAAACAUGUUCUUCAACAAGUACCCGUCCAAAUCCUUAGGAAUAUCAUACAAGAUAUGCGAAAACAUUUCCAAAGCUCCGAAUAUCUUCCUAUACUCGCCAUAUUGGAGACAUGGGGAAGUGGCCAAAACUGUGCAGCAGCAAGCUACUGCACCGAGUAUUCCCACUGUCCCCAUGUCUCCAGGUGUCACGAAGGGAACGAUAGGAGUCAACCGAAGGGUCCUGAGAAGACACUACAUCCACGCGACCUUGACCAUACGAACAAAGCAACUAGGCGGGUACUGACGGUGCCAAGCAAGUAUACUUACAGAAGAGGGCUUCGGAGACAAAAGAGAGCACCGCUCAAAGGGGAAUGUGCGGAAUGCUCGGCCCGUAUAUCACCGCUAUGGAGGGUUGGACCCGAUGGAAGAAAAAGUCUUUGCAACGCAUGCGGCCUAAGGUGGUCCAAGAAGAAAAGGACAGCGAUAGUGUAA